AUGGGUGGUAAAAUAGAUAGAAGCGUGAACAAGAACGGUGGUCCACCAAUUUUCAGGAUAAAUGGCCAAAACUUUCACUACAUUGGUAGUCUCUUGCCGGUCGACGGGAAAAAACCCCAUUUUGCCCAGUUGUAUAUAUAUGAUACUAAUAAUGAACUUAGUAAUCGUAUCAAUUCUGUAAGGCCAGAUGGUGAGCAAAAUGGAAUCCAUGUAGAGAUUGUUAAUGAUAUUCAAGAAGUGUUGGAUACAUGUAAUGUCUUGGUCAAAUCAUUCCGCAUGGCACGAUCUGAGCUACAAAUGAAUCCACUUGCUGAGGUCAAAAUAAAAUUGCUUGGGAAGAGAUCAAAGGAUGCCAGAACAUACAAUUUGCCGCAAGUUUCUGAAGUGGCAGCAUUAAUUGUCGGUGAUAUUGAUACAAAUAUUGGAGAACGGGACAUUAUGGUGGAGACGAAAAGUGGCCUCUUGCAAAGAAUUAGUGAAUUAAAUCCAGCUUACUUGCCGAUGCAAUACCCUCUGUUGUUUCCGUAUGGUGAGGACGGAUACAGGGAAGACAUCCCCUUCUCUACAUUAAAAGGAAACACAACUGGUCGUCAAAGGAUAAGUCCUCAAGAAUAUUUUGCAUACCGUAUAAUGUCGAGGGUCUCUGAGGUAUCUACUUUAUUGCAUUCAAAGAGGUUAUUCCAACAAUUUCUGGUAGAUGCCUAUACAAUGGUGGAGUCAGGAAGGUUAAUCUAUAUAAGGACACACCAAAAAAGUUUGAGGUGCGAAUCGUAUAAUUGCUUGAAUGAUGCAUUAACACGCGGUGAAGUUGACCCCACUACUCAAGGAAAGAGAAUAAUAUUGCCUUCGAGUUUUACAGGGGGUGCUAGAUACAUGAUUCAAAAUUACCAGGACGCCAUGGCGAUAUGUAGAUUGGUCGGAUAUCCUGAUCUGUUUAUCACAUUCACAUGCAACCCCAAGUGGCCUGAGGUACAACGCUUUUUGAAUGAUAGAAAGUUAAAACCUGAAGAUCGUCCUGACAUCAUAUGUAGAUUAUUCAAAAUGAAAUUGGAUGCUCUAAUCUCAGACUGUAGGAAGAACAAGUUAUUUGGACCAGUAAUGGGAGUGAUAUAUACCAUAGAGUUCCAAAAAAGAGGAUUACCGCAUGCUCAUAUUCUCCUGUUUCUGGAUAAAAUCAAUGGAACCCAUUCUGUCGAAAAAUUGGACCACAUUAUUUCAGCUGAGUUACCUGAUCAAGAAGCUGACGCAGAAUACUACAAAGUUGUUGAGGAGUUUAUGAUGCAUGGACCUUGCGGGAAAGCCAGGUUGACUUCUCCAUGUAUGUCGAAUGGUAAAUGUACUAAACAUUUCCCCAAAAAGUUUGUUAAUUGCACAACUUUUGAUGAGGAUGGUUAUCCUAUAUAUCGGAGAAGAGACAAUGGUCGUUCCGUGACGCGCAAUGGGAUUAACUUGGAUAAUAGGUACGUUGUACUACACAAUAGGCAUUUGUUGUUAAAGUAUAGGGCUCAUAUUAAUGUUGAAUGGUGCAAUCAGUCCUGUUCAAUCAAGUACCUGUUCAAGUACGUUAACAAGGGUCACGACAGGGUUACAGCAGAGUUUUACAGGACCAGCAAUGAUCAAGAUGGACCGCAGGUUAUUGAUGAAAUCAAUGAUGAUCCCGUUGACAACAUUCUCAGCCGGCCAACAAUCUUACAAAGCAUGUUCCUAGAAUGGUUUGAGGCAAAUAAAACCUACCCUGAAGCAAGGAAUUUGACAUAUGCUGAAAUGCCAACGAAAUUUGUAUGGAAGAAAGAUAUUAGAAAAUGGCAACCAAGGAAAAGAGGAUUUUCAAUCGGUAGAGUAUUCUAUGUGCCUCCUGGGUCAGGGGAGAUAUUUUAUUUGAGGUGUCUUUUGAAUAAAGUCAAAGGUCCCACAAGUUAUUUAGACAUACAAAAAGUUGAUGGGGUCCAAUAUGAAUCUUUUAGGGAUGCGUGUUGUGCUAGAGGAUUAGUAGAUGACGACAGGGAAUAUGUUCAUGCUAUAGAAGAAGCAAGUCACUGGGCAACACCUGUGAAUUUGAGAAGAUUGUUUGUCACUCUCUUGAUGACUAACUCGAUAGCAAAACCAGAGGUGGUGUGGGAAGCUGCGUGGAUUCAUUUGUCCGACGAUGCACAAUUCAAGAUUAGACAAGAAUUGGGAAUUCCAGAUUGGAUUAUAUCAGAAGAUGAAAAGAAGAAUUUUGCACUUACGGAGAUAGAAAUAAUGCUUUCAGCUAUGGGAAAAAGUCUGAAAGACUUUCAAGGGAUGCCCAUACCCGAUUUAGUUAAUCAUUCUAGAACAACUAAUCGGCUGAUACAGGAGGAAUUGGCAUAUGAUGUUAAUGUAAUGAAGGAAGAGAAUGAUACUUUGGUGGAGAAACUAACUGAAGAGCAAAGAACAAUAUAUGACAACGUAUUGCAAGAUGCUGAGAAUAAUCUUGGAGGACUUUUUUUUGUUUAUGGAUACGGUGGAACGGGAAAAACAUUCUUGUGGAGAGCAUUAUCUUCGGCUCUAAGGUCUAAGGGUGAGAUAGUUUUGAACGUUGCAUCGAGUGGCAUAGCUUCUCUUCUAUUACCCGGAGGAAGAACUGCCCAUUCAAGGUUCGCAAUACCCAUCGCUGUUAACGAAGAUUCAACCUGCAAUAUCAGCCAAAGCAGUCCUUUGGCACACUUGAUCAUGCAAUGUAAGUUGAUCAUUUGGGAUGAGGCACCAAUGAUGCAUAAAUUCUGCUUUGAAGCGUUGGACCGCUCUAUGAGAGAUAUAAUGCGUGCCAAGAAUCCAAACAGCUUUGAUAUGACUUUUGGUGGAAAAACAGUGGUGUUAGGUGGAGAUUUCAGACAGAUUCUACCAGUCAUUCCAAAGGGCACGAGGCAAGAUAUUGUGCUAGCAAGUAUAAAUUCUUCCUAUCUUUGGAGAAGCUGUAAAGUGUUUAGGUUAACAAAGAAUCUACGGCUUAGGGCUUUGAAAUCAGAUAGUGAAGUUCAAGAGAUUGCGGAUUUUGCAAAGUGGAUUGCUAAUAUAGGUGAUGGAACAAUUGGUGAUUCAAUGGAUGGAGAAUCUGAGAUAAAUAUUCCGGAAUAA